UCCCGCCGCGAUGGGGCCGCUCCGCUGGCUGCUCGCGCUGCUGGCAUUGCUGCGGCCGCAGGGGGUCCGGCCUGCGGGCCCCAUCCGGGCCUUCGUGGUGCCCCACAGCCACAUGGACGUGGGCUGGGUCUACACGGUCCAGGAGAGCAUGCACGCGUACGCGGCCAACGUCUACACCUCUGUCGUGGAGGAGCUGAUCCGCAGGCCCCAGCGCCGGUUCAUCGCCGUGGAGCAGGAGUUCUUCCGGCUGUGGUGGAGCAGCGUUGCCUCGGACAAGCAGAAACGCCAGGUCCGCGAGCUCCUGGACACGGGACAUCUGGAGUUCGUCCUCGGAGGCCAGGUCAUGCAUGACGAGGCCGUGACCCACGUUGACGACCAGAUCCUACAGCUCACAGAAGGACACGGCUUUCUCUAUGAAACGUUUGGGAUCCGGCCGCGCUUCUCCUGGCAUGUCGACCCCUUUGGGGCAUCCGCCACGACCCCCACGCUGUUUGCCCUGGCAGGCUUCAAUGCCCACCUCAUCUCCCGGAUCGACUACGACCUGAAGGAGGCCAUGCAGGAGGCCCAGGAGCUGCAGUUCGUGUGGCAAGGGUCCCCAUCCCUGGCAGAGCAGCAGGAGAGCUUCACGCACAUCAUGGACCAGUACAGCUACUGCACCCCCGCCCACAUCCCUUUCUCCAACAGAUCCGGGUUUUACUGGAACGGCGUGGCCGUCUUCCCGGAGCCGCCCCCAGAUGGGGUAUACCCCAACAUGAGUGAGCCUGUCACCCCGGUCAACAUCGACCUGUACGCAGAGGCCCUGGUGGCCAACGUGAGGCAACGGGCCGCCUGGUUCCGGACGCCCUAUGUCCUCUGGCCCUGGGGAUGUGACAAGCAGUUCUUCAAUGCCUCGGUGCAGUUCACCAACAUGGACCCCCUGCUGGACCAUGUCAACAGCCGCACGGCCGAGCUGGGCGUCUCUGUGCAGUAUGCCACGCUGGCCGACUACUUCGGGGCGCUGCACGCCCUUAACACCACCUGGGGCGUGCGUGGCCACCAGGACUUCCUGCCCUAUUCGUCAGGACCGUUUCAGGCCUGGACAGGCUUCUACACAUCCCGAAGCGUGCUCAAGGGGCUGGCGCGACGAGCUAGCGCCCUGCUGCACGUCGGCGAGUCUAUGUUCACGCGCCACGUGUGGCCGGCCCCCCGAGGAGCCCUGGACCUGGCCUGGGCCCUGCAGCAGUUGCGGCAGCUCCGCUGGGCUGUCUCCGAGGUCCAGCACCAUGACGCCAUCACGGGCACAGAGUCCCCCAAGGUGAGAGACAUGUAUAAGGAGCACCUGGUCACGGGGAUGCUGGGUGUGUGGAAGCUGAUUGCCACCAUCGUCCUGGCCGGGCCUGAGGUCGAGGAGAAGCGGGCGGCGCCAGCGGCAGACUCAGGGCCCGAGGGGCACUCUGCUGUGGUCUACAACCCGCUGGCCUGGGCUGUUACCACCAUCGUCACCCUGACCGUCAGCUUCCCCAGAGUCCGCAUCACAGACGAAUCAGGCCACCCGGUGCCUGCACAGAUCCAGAACUCAACGUCCACCCCAUCCACAUACGACCUGCAUAUCUUGACCACAAUCCCGGGCCUCAGUUACCGGCACUAUAGCAUUACACCCACUGUGGGGGCCCAGGAGGGCAUCCAGGAGCCAGCUGCUGCCCUGGCCAGCACCGUCCAGUUUGGCCGCAGGCCGAGGAGACGCUCCAGCCAUAGGGGCAGGCGCCUGGUGCCUGUGGUAAACGACUGCUACACUGUGCUCCUGGACCGGGACACCAACCUGAUGCAUAGCAUCCGGGAGAGGUGAGGUGCAGCCAUGGCUGGCUCUGAGGCGGAGGGGUGCCCUUGGGCCUCAGCACGUCACGCCCCCACCCGGAGUCUCUGUUUGCUCACCUGCUCAGAGAAGGACCAGAUGGUGCUGCAGGCCCUUCCCACUGUUACGAUCUUUAUUUCUAGGAAUGUGAUUUAGGAAAAGCACAUGUAUGCCAUCCACUCCCGGCUGGCCCACGUGCCACCGAGAGGCUCUGAAGGGGAGCUGCUCUGCGGGCGGAUCGAGCAGGAGUACCGGGUGGGCCCGCUGGAGCUGAACCGUGAGGCCGUGCUCAGGACCAGCACCGACCUAGACAGCCAGCAGGUCAUCCACACGGAUGACAACGGGUACCAGAUGCAGCUCAGGCCCCCCCUGGUGCACACCGACAACAGCAUUGCUCGGAGUUACUACCCCAUGGUCCAGGCGGCCUUCAUCGAGGACCACCGGAGCAGGCUGGUGCUGCUGUCGGAGCGGGCACACGGCGUCUCCAGCCAGGGCAGCGGGCAGGUGGAGGUCAUGCUGCACCGACGGCUGUGGAACAACCUCCAGUGGGACCUGGGCUACAACCUCACGCUGAACGACACCUCGGCCGUCCGGCCCGUGCUCUGGCUGCUCCUGGGGCCCCAGGCGGUCACGGCUGCCCUGCGCCCGAGGGGCGGGCUGGCGCUGCAGCACAGGCCCGUGGUCCUGUACGGGGAGCUGGCUGGACCACGGCAGCAGGCAGCCGUGACGCUGCCCCCGAGCCUUCACCUGCAGACCCUGAGCAUCCCCGGCUGGAAGUACAGCUCGAACCACACGGAGCACAUGCAGAGUCUCCAGGAAGGCCGCCGAGGGGAGGUUGAGGCCAACCUGCGCCGCGUGCUGCUCCGUCUCCACCACCUGUAUGAGGCAGGGGAGGACCCACUGCUGUCUCAGCCCAUGACCGUGGAUCUGCAGGCCGUGCUGCGGGGCCUGGGGACCGUGGUGGCCGUGGAGGAGCGCUCGCUCACAGGGACCUCGGACGUGCGCACUCUGCGCCGCUGGAGCUGGAGGACACGGACCCGCCGCCAUCACGGAGGUGGCUCCAGCUCCCCUCCAAGGACGCCAGGAGGUCACACUGUCACAGUCCACCCGAAGGAAAUCCGCACAUUCUUCAUUCACUUCCGAGAGAAGUGAGCCGUCGCAGAUGCCGUGGGCUGCGUGACUCCACAGAACAGAACAGAACCCGGGAGGGUGCCGGGAGGCCGAGCAUCUGUCCCCGGGGGCACUACCAAUCCAGUUGGCUAAUUUCAGGAGUUGGUCAGUUGGGGCCCUGGUGACGCAGUGGUUAAGUGUUUGGCUGCUAACCAAAAGGUUGGCAGUUCAAAUCCACCAGCUACUCAUUGGAAACCCUAUGAUGGGGCAGUUCUACUCUGUCCUAUAGGGU